AUGGCAGGUGCGAGCUCGGCCUUCACUGUGCUCACGUGGAAUACGUUGGCGCCGGUCUACUUUCGCCAGGCUGGGAUGCGCGAUGAGACGGAGGCUUCCAUGCGCGCUGCCGCCUUGGCGCGAUGUGAGAAGAUCUGCAGGGUGUUGGCAGCCGCGGGAGCAGACGCCGUGUGCCUUCAGGAGCAUUGGUUCGAUCCCGAGCACCAAAAGGUCUACGAAGAGCUGGCACAGAAGCAUGGCUAUCGCUAUGAGUCGCUACAGCGCUCCGGUUGGAACUGCGAUGGUCGGUCGGAGGAUGGCAUCGCCAUCCUCGUGAAGCGUGAAACCUUCGAUGUGGUGGAACGUCACGAGGUCCACUUCCAUGCCUACGGUAUCCCACAGGAUCGCGUGGCACUGCUGCUGUGCCUGUCUGACCGUCGUCGUCCCCGAGGAAGCAACCUCUGCUUUUGGUGUUGCGUCAUGAGGUGGUUUUUCUGA